UGUGCGGGGAGCCGUUUCCUGCCCAGCGGAGAGCGGCAGCGGUGGCGGUGGGCUCUCUUGAAGCGGAGCUGAUCCGGAGCCAUGACUCACCAGACCGGCAUCCACGCCACUACGGAACUAAAGGAUUUUUUUGCCAAGGCCCGGAAUGGUUCAAUCCGCCUCAUCAAAAUCGUCAUUGAAGAUGAGCAGCUGGUGCUGGGAGCCUACAAAGAACUGUCUCGGCGUUGGGAUAAGGACUAUGACUCCUUUGUUUUGCCACUGCUGGAUGAACUGCAGCCCUGUUACAUUCUCUACCGACUGGACACUCAGAAUGCACAGGGCUAUGAGUGGCUCUUCAUCUCCUGGUCACCUGACAACUCCCCUGUAAGACUGAAGAUGCUCUAUGCAGCAACCAGAGCAACAGUGAAGAAAGAAUUUGGAGGAGGACACAUAAAGGAUGAGCUCUUUGGAACAGUUAAGGAAGACAUCUCCUUCAGUGGAUACCAGAAGCACGUGUCAUCCUGUUCUGCCCCAGCUCCUCUGACUGCAGCGGAACAAGAGCUUCAGCAGAUCCGAAUCAAUGAGGUCAAGACAGAAAUCAGCGUAGAGAGCAAGCACCAGACCCUCCAAGGACUGGCUUUUCCUUUGCAGCCAGAAGCACAGCAGGCCAUUCAGUUACUGAAACAGAAGAAAAUCAAUUACAUCCAGCUGAAACUUGACCUGGAGAGGGAGACCAUCGACUUGGUGCACACACACGCCACUGAGAUAGCAGACUUGCCUAAGAGAAUUCCUCAGGAUUCUGCCCGCUAUCACUUCUUUCUGUAUAAGCAUUCUUAUGAGGGAGACUAUCUGGAGUCAGUUGUGUUUAUCUACUCCAUGCCUGGUUACAAGUGUAGCAUCAAGGAGCGCAUGUUGUACUCCAGCUGCAAGAGCCGGCUGCUUGACUCAGUAGAGCAAGAUUUUUGCCUUGAGGUUGCAAAGAAGAUUGAAAUUGAUGAUGGAGCUGAGCUGACUGCAGAGUUCCUGUACGAUGAGGUUCAUCCUAAGCAACAUGCCUUCAAACAGGCCUUUGCCAAGCCCAAAGGGCCUGUGGGAAAACGAGGACAGAAGCGACUUAUCAAAGGACCAGGCGAGAACGGUGAAGACAGUUAGAGCCCAGUGGACAGGAGGGACAGGUCAGGGGAGGGGCUGUGAAUGUCUACCAGCCUCCAGAAUUGCAGCUCCAACCAAAUCCACUUCUCUGCAUCUGAGCCUGUCCACUGACUCCAGAUGUUUCCCCUCCAGCUCUUCUUUCACAAUCAUGUCCUCUUGGUUUCGUCGGGGGAGGGAGGGUAGGCAUCUGGGGAGAAGGAAGAAAGGAGGAGAACACCGAGUGUUGCCUUUUCUCUUCCCUCUUGCUCUGUUGUAUACAUUUGGGAGGGGGGCGGGAAAUCCAGUUGUUCUAGUUUGAAAUGACACUUCAACUGAUUCUUCUUCACAUAAUGACCUGGUUUACUUGGAACCUGCAUCACUCAAAGGAUUUUGUUCACUGCUUAUCUGAGGGAGCUGCUUAUGUGCGAAGAUCAGUCCAACAAAACAAACCCCCACAUGCCCUUUCUCUCAAGGGUGCUGUUUGCUGCAUUUCUCACAAGACAUGGCCUUCAUCUUUGGAAUUCCCAUACUAUUAACACUAUCCCUUUUCAAGAUGGCCUGUUUGCUUAGGAAGUGACUGUUUGACAUAUUGUGUAUAAUACGAGGAGUAUUUCCCAAGGAUUCAUACUUAAGCAAGGCUCUCCCCACCCCACUCUGCUUUUGGGGGGUUAGCUUAGGCAUGUGGAUUUGGUAGGGAAAGUGUUAGAGAUUAGCGGGUGAGGUAUUCAAAAGACAGAUGCACAUUGGGAUGAAGGAAACAGGAGCCACUAUGACUCUUCUAGCAGCCUUGACAGCCAUGCCUUACUUCAUAGCCUCGCUUGCAGCUAAAGAGUAUACUUUCACUCCAUAUCCAUGUACACGCCCACAAUUUCACUAAAAGGAGUUUUCUGUCACUGCUCAUGUGGUGAUUUGUAAAGCUGACUGUUUGAAGACAGCUUGACUAAUUUCCUUUGUGCUAAAAAUCAAACAGCUCAUUGCCUUAAAGUACAACCACAUGAGAAGUGAAGGUUUGGAGCAAUUAGGACUAGGGAAGAAUAAACCUUGUCCAGUUCCUGCUGGCAGCUUUUUGACCUCCUCAGCUCCAGUCUGCAGAAUUUUGAACAUGUGAUUUUCAUGGAUCGUUCUGGGAGGUUUUUCCAUGCGUUGCCAAUAUACCGGCCUCUUGCCCUGUGUUUUCCUCCAGCGUAUUGCUGCAUUGUGACUUUGCACUGACUUACUGAGAUAGAUGUUUAUUCCUGAACUAUCUUCUUGCAUGCUAGACAGUUCCAGAUGGGCUUUACUGAAAAGCACAGACACCAACCCGAGCCUAGUUUGCUUAGGUGUUUGUCCUCUCCUCUGGAUCACCAUGUCCAGCAGUCACAUCCCUUUGUUUUAUGCCAACACUGCACUAACCACUGUAGCCUGGAGUAUAAAAUUGCCCUGGUUUAGCUAUACACUAGAGUUUUGCCAAGCCAAAGGAAAAUUGGCUCUUUCACAGGCCACUACACACUGAUUGGGUUGUAUUCUUCAUGGAAUGUGCUCAGGCUGCAGGAUUGUUCAUGCCCUGUAAUGAAUAUUGUUUACCAUUGCAGUAACAUUCUGUCCCCAAGAGUGAUUGUUGUAGAUCCAUGUAAACCAGAUGGGAGGAAGGGAUGGCUGACAGCAUAGGAAUGUUGCAUGUGCAGAGGUGACUGGAGCAGGUCACGAUGGAAGGGAAAGUAAAUGGCCUAGGGAUUGGAAGAAGUCUUCUCAACCAAGUCUAAAGGCAAGAAGAGAACUGGGCACUGUCCAAGCCAGGAAUGUGACCCAGAUUUUGGGAGCUUCUCGGAGUCAUUAUAAGUAGAUGUGUUCAUUCCAUGGCGGGGGUCACUGAAUUUAAUGUGCAUGAUUAAACUUCUCCUUCUAGCCCCCAGGGAGCUUCUUAGUGGUCUGUUUUGUAUCUGAUGCAAAAGAAACUCAGCCUUUUCUACAAAGCUGAUUGUAUGGUGUUAGUUUGAUGGCUUUGAAUUCUGAUUUUUCUCCCACCCCUUCCUUUAAAAAAAAGCCUUUAUAUAUAAAGUCAGUGUACCCUUUUGACGUCUUCAGCAGAUCCAGGUAAUUUAAGCAGAAAGGAAUGUUGCAGCAGUUGUCGAAAAGGAAAAGAGCCUGAAUUUGGUCUCACUCACUCUGUGGUGGAGGAGUUUGGGAUUCGGCCUGCAAUUCAAGAAAGGCAGCAUAUUGGGGUUUUUUCCAGAUUCAAAGCACUCUGCACUAGAAUGAUUCCAAGGUACCUGCUUUUUAAAAACAAUUUAAAGUGUUCAUUUCAGAGAAGAAAUGAAGGCAUUAGCUGCCUCAUAGCUUGCAUUCUUGAGAGGCUUAUUAAUAAAAUUUGGAACAGUCUCUCUUCUAAUAUUGGAAACUUACAAAGAGAAGCCUUGGAAAUAGGCUGGUCUUGUUUCCAGUACCUAGUGAACAGAUAAUAUUGAUGAAGGUCAAGGGUUAUUAACCUAGCUUGAUUUGUUCAGCCACCAGAAUCCAGGCUCCAAAUCAAAUCCGUUCCUGUUCUGAUUUUUAUUCUCUGUGACCAAAAUCCAAAUUGCUAAGCUGUACCCUGGGACAGCAGUAGUAGCUUUUACUUUCUCUAUAGAAGAAUUCAAUAAUUGGAUUUGUAGUCCUGGCCCUUACAAUUUCUAUGACACAGUUGCAUUUUUCCCUUGUUCCUACAACACUAUCAUUCUUUUGAGUAAUUUUUUAAAGUAACACUGAGGCAGCAGUUCUGUGGGGAAGGUUUGCAUUCUAAGUUGAGUUCAUCAAGUACCCAUGACUCUAGUCCACCCAUGUUUCAUGUGCUGCUGACUGCUGUCACUCUCGGUGGGCAUUUUAUUUGCCACUUUGAGAAAUAGUAGAUUAUACCUUUUUUGUGAGUAUUCAUUUUUGAGGUAAUAUAUACUGGUGCCUCUGCCAUGCCAUUCCCUCAGGAGUGUGCAAAAGUCUACUUGUUUUUAAGAGUGUGUCCAUCAAGUCCAAGAGAAGGGCUACCAGAGGAGCAUUUGCUGACUUAGGUAUGUUUUCCAUUCUCAAGCUGGAUGAAAGUGAUAACCAUGUCCUAGAGGUCACGCUGCCUUGGGCAACCCACCCCUGCCAAAGAUUAAAAAAUAAAGAUGCAGUUUAAGUGUGUCUGAAAUGAUUACUGUUGACUUGCUCUCUGACCUCACCAUCUAUAAUAUCUGUAAUUAUAAUCCAGAAGGAGUUGGGUAGUUAGUGCGCCGUUAGCUUAGUCUUAAGUAGUAUUUGGAUGCCAGAGUCAUUUGAAUCCAUCCCUUUGCUAUGUUAAUGCAUAACAUUGCCAUGUAAUGGUGAUGGUUCAAUAGGUACCUUUUAAUAUAUGAUCAAUAGCAAUUUAAGUACCUACCAGAACUUCCAUGAAGGAAAAGGCAGAAUCGGUAGCACGCAUCUCAGUACUUCCCUUUAGUAACCUAAGGCCAAAUCUAGGCUUUUCACAAUUAUUUUAGAGCUACUGUGUUUUCCUUCCACUUCAUGUCUUAGUGUCUUUGACUGUCUGCGCUAGGUUCAUUGUCUUCACAGAUAAUAUUUGGAAACCAAUGGUUCAUGGCAGAUGUCUUGAGUUUCAUUGCCUUCUGGAGAAUUUCAAAAGCAGUCAUCUAGAAUGAAGGUCACCAUAAUUUGACAACUCCAUAAAUUUUUCUUUUCACACGUCCUUUCCCAGUACCCAUUCAGGCUGCACAAUAGAAAGCUCUCCCUGUCUUUGGCUGCUCUAUGGAAAACACAUCAGCAUCCUGUUUGCCAACGUCUGGAAGCAUUUCAUAAAACCAGUAAGGAAUGUUACUCAGAAGGGCAACUACAAAGCCCCAUAUGCAUGCUUGCCUGAGGAAGGCGCUCCCAUCCUAAUACAUCUUCUGAUUUUGUUAGCCUGGAUAAGAAUUGAUAGGUAUCUGUCAAGCCGCCAUCACUGUUUCUCCAGUUAGGCGCCAAACCACUGAUCAGAAGACUUGGUCUCUAUCCUUUUUUAAAAAUUAGUUCACUAGGUCAGACCAAUAUCAGUUAAUUAUAAAAGUCAAGGUGAUUGUUGGGAUGUCUACCAUCACUUUUUGUGGAACUUUUUUUUUGUUCUAGAUGUGAUUAUUUGCUGACAACCUUGGUCAUAUUAAAGAACAAGUGUAGAGUAUCCUUGUACAAACUCAGUGGCAGCUGUGAUGGGUUUUAGUGCAGCCAAGGUGCAGCCAUUAUUAGCCAUUGUGUCAAGAAGACAGGGCCGUCUGACAUGAUGGUAAAAGGCCAGUCCCCAUCUGUCCAUUGGGUUUGACUUGGUAUAGUGAUAAGCAAGCCAUGCUCCUGAUCUUGCAUGAGCAUUGGGUUUAGAGAAAGAAAUGCACAUUCCUGACUGGGCUGGAUGGUGUGGAUUUGGAUAUGAUAGAGGAGGCAAGGCACACUGUACUGAAUGCUGUAUUUUCUAAAAAAUGAAAAAUAAAGUAUUUUUAA